AUGAGAAUCUGGGCACUAGUAUGGUCGACGGCCCUGGUGGCCUUGCCAACAGCAUGGGCCCAACUGCCAUCAUUGCAGGACCAGCUUGAUCUGUUCCCAAAGUGCGCGGUAUCCUGUCUCGGAGAAGUCAUUGGGCAGACGUCAUGCUCCAUGACCAACCAGACAUGCAUGUGCACCGACCAGAAGCUGCAGGAUGCCAUGACGACCUGCGUCAUGGGCAACUGCACCAUCAAGGAUGCCAUCAUAACCAAGAACCUCACCGCCACGGGCUGCAAUGAGCCUGUACGGGACAAGACGAGCGAGUAUGUGGCCAUUUCCAAUGCGUUUGGCACCAUCUCGGCCGCCUUCGUCAUCCAACGCUUCGGCUACAAGCUGUGGGCCAAGCUCGACUUUGGGCUCGACGACUGGUUCACCCUCAUCACGAUUGUCACUGGAGUUCCCAGCACCGUCAUCAACGCUCACGGAGUAGCGCCCAACGGCAUCGGUCGCGAUGCGUGGACCUUGACGCUACAAAACAUCACCAACUUUGGCCGCUUCUUUUAUAUCAUGGAAAUCAUCUACUUUGCCGAGGUGUCGCUCCUCAAGCUCGCGAUGCUCUUCUUCUACAUCCGGAUAUUCCCCGGUGUCGGCGUUCGGCGCCUGCUCUGGGGCACCAUCGCCUUUGUCUCCGUCUUUGGCAUCAUCUUUGUUUUCGUCGCCAUCUUCCAAUGCACCCCCAUCAAUUACUACUGGUGGAAGUGGGACGGCAUCCACCGGGGGCAUUGCCUCGACAUCAAUGCCAUCGCCUGGUCAAACGCCGCCAUCAGCAUCGCUCUGGAUAUAUGGAUGCUCGCCAUCCCGCUGUGGCAGUUGCGGAACCUCAACCUGGAUUGGAGGAAAAAGGUCGGUGUCGCUCUGAUGUUUGGCGUCGGUACUUUCGUUACCAUCGUCAGCAUCCUUCGGCUCAGGUCGCUCGUCAAGUUUGGGUCCGAUUCGACGAACCCGACGUGGGACUUUUUUGAUGUGGGCAUCUGGUCCACGGUGGAAAUUAAUGUCGGCAUCAUGUGCGCAUGCAUGCCGUCACUGCGGCUGCUGCUAGUACGCCUCUUCCCCAAGCUGUUGGGGACGACGCAGCGGUACUACGCCAGGUACUCCAGCAACGCACAUCGAACUACGACAACGAGAAGACAGAGCAGGCCGUUUAGGACAACUGGCACCGUGUCGCACGUGGAGAGAUCGCAGCACCGGCCCGAGGUCAAGUCCAACGCAAUCACCAUGCAGACGACGUAUACGGUGGAGUACGGCGACAAGGACAAUGACGAGAUGCAAUUAGUGUACAUGCGGGAUGCGGAGGGCAAAAGCACGCGGUCUGGGAGUGCCAGCGGCUCGUCCGACCCAGUAUAA